GAAGGCAGGUAUGAACAACUACCGGAAAAACUCGCGCCUCAUAUCAGUGAGGGGGGAGGAGUACCACUAAAGUUUGGACUGAACCGUAAACAUUGGCAUAAACCUAAAAAUACACCAAAGGUAAAUUAACCUGCCAGUCUCAACUUGUGCCUCAAGUUAAAGUACCAACGCUUGUCGUCGUCCAGACUGCUAACGUUAGCUUUAGCUCGGCACCCUCGGCUGGAACUCUGUGUACCGCCGCUCCCUGCAGCGCUCCAGCAGAAUGGAUCUCGAAGGAAGCCCACACAGUCCGGACACGGACUCCCCCAUGCCAGAACUGAACCUAAAGUGCCACCGGAGUACGAGGAGCCUUAACCUGCUCGCCACGAGGUUCGUCCGCCUGUUACAAGAAGCAGAGGGCGGUGUGCUGGACAUCAAAGACGUGAGUGAGCUGACACCGGCUGUGAGGAUCUUGGCUGUUGGGCAGAAAAGGCGCAUCUAUGACAUCACAAAUGUGUUGGAGGGCAUUGGUCUGAUUAUGAAAAUUUCCAAAAGCAUUGUAAAGUGGAAGGGUUCAAUGCCUGGAUCAAAUGCACUUGAGUCAUCCAACAGAGUAAUGGAGUUGAAGUCUGAGCUGGAGGAUUUGGAGCAGAGAGAAAAGAUGUUGGACCAGCAGAGAUUCUGGGUUGAACAGAGCAUCAGGAACACAACAGAAGACUGCAGCAAUCUGACUUAUGUGAAUCAUGAAGAUAUCUGCAACUGCUUCAGUGGCCACACUCUUUUAGCAGUGCGAGCACCAUCUGGCACACAGCUAGAUGUUCCCAUUCCUAAAGCUGUCCAGAACUGCCCGGCAAAGUACCAGAUCCACCUGAAAAGCAUCAAUGGGCCGAUAGAUGUUGUGCUUCUUAACAAACUCUCUGUCAGCUCUGCUCCUGUCGUACUGCCAGUCCCACCGCCUGAAGAAAUUUUACGAAGAGCAAAGUUGGCCAUGUCAGAUGUGGCAGAAAGCAGUUUUACACCAUGUCAGGCCCCUGCCAACACCAGAUAUAGCCCCAGUUUUCUACGGACAGCAAUGGAGAACAUGCAGCGUAUGGAGUCAUCAACAGUUAGAAACCGUGAGCCGAACAAAACUGAGGCAUCCGGAGUGAGAAAUUUAUCGAAAGAACUGGAGGAACUUCUACAGCCCACCAAAGAACUGAUGAACGCAGAUCUAAUCAAACAGCUCCUGACCUCUGAAGUUCUUUCUCCGCUCCUUCGUCUAUCUCCGGCCCCAUCUGAACAGGAUUACGCUUGUAAUCUGGAUGAAAGUGAAGGCCUCUGUGACCUCUUUGACAUCCCUGUACUCAAUGUUUGACCAUGAACUCCUCUGUCAAGACUACUAAAGUAAAUAUUUUUUGUAUCCAGAAAUGUACAUAGUUGUAUGUUUUUUAUAUAGUUAUUUGAUUAUAAAAGAUAAUAAAGGAAUAAUUUUGAA